GACACAUGAGAAGCGAAAACUAUGCUAUACAGAACUUGUUUAUUUGCCACAUCGUGGUCAAAGGAUAGACGAUUGCAGAACAUGAAGGAAACAUCCUGGAUUUCAAGAUGGUGCAUCUUUUUCAAAGAAUUUGCAAGAAUCUACAGCGAGGGCCAUCUCAGAAGCUUUUAUUUACAAUCGAGAACAAUUUUGAACACUUAAAACAUGUCAAAACCUUUACUAAGAUUGCUGAGGAGGAAGAAGUGCUUCAUGAGUGUAUUGUUGACAAUAUGGUUAAUGUAUGCCUGCUAUUUGAUCAGGAUAAUCUAAACUUCAAUCCAGGAGACGAAAAUUCCGUGAAUAUAUUUGUCAAGAUUGCAGCUAAAAUAAUAAAUUCAGCCAACCAUAACACAAUUAUAUUGAAAGUAACAUGCAAUGAACUCAAUUAUUCAAAGCAAAUUACUUGUACUGAACAGUGGUUAGAAUAUAUAGUUAUUGGUAAACACGAGGUGAUUCUAACACAGGACCAGUUUAUAGUUUCAACUGAUGUAGAAAUAAAUGUAAGCGUUAUUAAUAAAGAACCAGUUACUUUUGCAAAGCUUUAUGAUGAUACAAUCUUGACGGACUUUCAACUGAGCACUGCAGAAGGUAGUGUAGCGGUGCACAAAGCAUGCCUGGCUGCUCACAGUGAUGUAUUUAAAACAAUGUUUAAUGGGCCUUGGAAAGACACUUCAAAUGGUCAUGUGGGAUUAGCACUUACUUUGAGCAGUCUCCAGCAAUUCAAGGCUGUUUAUUUAGGCAAGCUGCCUGAUGAAAAAGAAGACUUGCAAUCUUUGCUGCUUCUAUCUUCAUUAUACUUCAUGGAAUCUCUAAAGUCUGAAUGCAUUUCAAAGUUGAUGGAACUGGUCAAACCAGAAAAUUUGUACAGCCUCCUGGAAUUUGCUUGUAUAAACAAUAUACCAGAUUUGUCAUUUGCUAUGCUUCUGCAAGUUCCUGAUAAUGUUGUUCAUAAAACUUAUGAAUUGAGGAAAAAUAACCGGCCUAUGGACAAAGAAAUAUGUGCACAAGAAGACAAAGAACAUCAUACCAGUUAAUUAAGUGGUAGCUAUGGUCUUGUAGUCUACGAGUAUCUGGCUUAUUUUCUUACUUUGAAUAUUAUGAUUAAGUAUUAUUUUUUUUUAUCACAUAUUACUUAUAAGUUCCCUGUAAUAAUAGUAAAAGUUAUUAUUUAGAGAAGUAC